AUGGGCAAAAAGAAGAGUAAUCAACUCGGCCGAUCUUUGAUCAAGGACCGCUUCGGACAGGGUAAUCGAAAAACGGUGGCCGAUGGAAGCAUGCUUCAUACAACAGAAGUUCAGGAUGGUUAUGAUUGGGGUCGCCUGAAUCUACAGUCGGUGACGGAAGAAUCCUCCUUCCAGGAGUUUCUUCGUACAGCCGAACUCGCCGGUACAGAGUUUCAGGCUGAGAAGCUCAACAUUAGCUACGUGAAUCCUAAGUCGAAGGUGGGACUGCUGACCACGAACGAACGCGUAGAGAUCAUCAAAAAGCAUGUGGAUAAAAAAAAUCUACUCAAAAUUCCGCGUCGACCCAAGUGGACUAAGGAAACGACCGCCGAGGAACUACUGAUGGCAGAAAAUGCGUCCUUUCUCGAGUGGCGCAGGGGCCUAGUGGCUCUGCAGGAACAGGACGGUAUGCUGAUGACACCAUACGAGAAAAAUCUCGACUUUUGGCGACAGCUGUGGCGCGUGGUAGAACGCAGUGAUAUCGUGGUGCAAAUUGUAGACGCUCGCAAUCCAUUGCUCUUCCGUACAGAGGAUUUGGAAAAGUACGUGAAAGAGGUGGAUCCAAACAAGAUGAAUAUGAUUCUCGUUAACAAGUCCGAUUUUCUGACGGCCGAACAACGGGUUCACUGGGCAAAAUACUUCGAUGAACAAGACAUUCGUGUCGCAUUCUAUUCGGCCGUGUUGGCGGCGGAAGAGGCAAAGCGAAAAGCAGAAGAAUCUGAUUAUGACAAUGAGCUGUUGAACGAAGAAGAAAGACAAGUAAAAGAGCGAUUGGGAAAUUUAAAAAUCUCCGUCGAUAAAGCUGAAAAAACACUGGAGAAAAUUGAGGAAAAAAUUGAAGACUUUGUCAACGAUGACGCAGACGGGAAAACAAAAAAUAGCUCCAAGCUGCUCACAAACGAAGAGUUGAUUGCUCUGUUCAAGAGACUCCACCAGGGUGAACGAGUAACGAAAGGUAUCGUCACGGUUGGUUUGGUUGGGUACCCAAACGUGGGUAAGAGUAGCACCAUUAACGCGGUGUUUCUAGAGAAGAAGGUUUCUGUUUCGGCUACACCGGGCAAAACGAAGCAUUUUCAAACGUUGUUCGUCGACAGCGAGCUCAUGUUCUGCGAUUGUCCUGGUUUGGUGAUGCCAAGUUUUUGCAUUACGAAGGCGGACAUGAUAUUGAACGGCAUUCUUCCUAUCGAUCAGAUGCGCGAUCAUGUGCCGCCUGUCAAUUUAUUGUGCACGCUUAUUCCGCGCCACGUGCUUGAAGAUACAUAUGGAAUCAUGAUUUCCAAGCCGCUUGAAGGAGAGGAUCCGAAUAGACCACCGUAUUCCGAGGAGUUGCUCCUUGCGUUUGCCUACAACAGGGGCUUUAUGACGGCCAACGGGCAGCCAGAUCAGUCACGUGGUUCACGGUACGUACUGAAGGAUUACGUUAACGGAAAACUUCUCUACUGUCAUGCACCGCCAGCCAUCAUGCAAGAAAAAUUUCACCAUUUCCCAUCUCGGCUAAAAGAGGAAGUUGACAUAAAGCUUCUACCGCCACGACAGCAGCGUGCGAUUAAGAUGAACAUUAAGAAAUCAAGCACAGACAUCGAUGAUCAAUUCUUCAAGGAACGUUCCUCCUCCGGGUUUGUGAAAGGACGCAGCGAUUUUCCAAACGUCAGACCAAUCGGGCCACAAGGUGCUGCUCAAACGCUUGCUUCGGUAGAUGGUGUUGCCGUAUCCGGCAAGCCGUGGAAGCACCAGAAGCGCGAGAAACGCGAGAAGCUUCGUCGCAAGUACGCCCAUUUAGAUCAACAUUAGAUACUGUGUAUAUUGCAGAUGGGAUUAUCUCUCACCUAGAGGAAAAUUGUGUGAA